AUGUCGGUCGUGGCUGGUGAUCCUUUGCAGGCGAAGUGUGACGCCAUGCGGGCAAUUCCGCCACAAGAAAGACCACCCGAUGCAUUGCGUGUGUUUUCGCAGAGUGUGCAUGAAAUUCAACGGGCUGCGAAGGAGAAAAUACGAACUUAUUACGCCAUCACAAAACGAAAUUCUCAAGGUGUGGUGGUGAACGCAGAACAUGAGAUGGGGGAACAACGGCAACAACAAGAGGAGCAGGCGAGUGAGUUGCGUAUGCAGGCAAUGAUAUUACUGCAGCGUGCGGUAGAGGUGGGUCGUGAGAUACGUGCCGCGUGUCUCGUUGAGGCCCAUCAUCGCAGGAGUCAUGACGGCACAGAAGGGCCAAACGCCAGGGACACGACCCAGCGGAGAGAAACCGAUGCACUCCAGCUGCUGCAACCACCUCUCAUAGCGGCACAGAUGCUGCUGCUGGUUCGAGAAACCCAUGUAAUGAUGCAGAAACUACUUGUCAGCGGUGCGGGUGUCGAAGCCGCAUCACAGCGUACGAACCGUAUGGCUGUCGAACACGCCAAGCAUGCCUACGAGCUCACAAGGCUGGUCGCUGUCAUUGUGCAGCGUCAAAGAGAAGCAGUCGCUACUUCCACUUCGACGGAAAACGGGGCGGCCAUGCGUCAACUUGAAACCAUGGAAAAAGAGUGUAACAUUCUGCAGUUUGCAAAAAGUGAGAUGCAGCUUGCCUCUUUACGUGAUCGUGCGGGACAGCGCGAAGGGGCUGUGAAGCAUAACCGUGAGGCGGUUCGGAUUCUAACGUCUCUUAGUGCACAUGGCACAAACACUGGAAAAGAUCACUCAAGAAUGGCCACGGAGGCCACUCAACUCCUCCCUGUGGCAUUGUUUAACUUGGGAUGUCAACUCGAGCAAAUUGCCUCCACAGAGAACGAUCCAGAGAGAAGACAGGAUCUGUUCAACGAGGCGAGGGUGUUUUUAGAACGUGCCCGUGAGGUUGGAGUAAAAAUUUUAGAGCCCAGCCACCCACUUCUCCGGAAGUUGCAACGACAUGCAGGAGACUCUCGUUCCUUUGUUCAAGCAGGCGGGAGGGCGGCCAUGAGGGGUAGCGGUGUUGAUGCUGCAUUCACCGAUGCUCUUGGGACAGCGGCGUAUGUCUUUUCCCAAGUUCCAGCGCCAGAUUCAUCUACGCCGGGUAUGAUGAAUGAACCCCAUUUCACUAGAGGUGCGAUACAGAACUCCCUCCAUUACCUGCCGAGGCUUCCGAUUGGAAUUAAAAAUAAUGAAAGGACCCACCCAAUAGACCAUUUUGCAAAUCUCUCAUUGCAUUCGGCUUCCAUAGUCUCAGAUCCCCAGCGUCGCUCAACGAUGAUACGGAACAGUGUACGUGCCAGAAAAUUGAAUCUCCAGUUAAAAUCCACCCAAGGGUUCCUUCAUUCGAAGCGUAAAUUGAGGGAAGUGGAUCAGUCUCUUUUGCAAUGCCACCGACUCCGUCACCCUAGUGACGCACUGCGACUGGGUGGUGUUGCUGUUAUUGAUACAGUUCUUGAUACCAGGCAUGCUGAGGCUGAGAAGGAGAAGAAACGGAAGGAAGAGGAGAAAAAAAUCCUGAGGCGUAAGCGCCGUCAACGCUCCUUUUUGCCCGAGGACUGGAACCCUGAAGAAGACGCCCCCGUCGUCAGCAAGGAAAAGAAGCGGCGGAAAAAGAAGAAGGAACAGGAAGGGAAAACCCAGCAGGACGAGAAGAAACAGCGUGAAGAAAAGAUGAAGAAAAUUUUAUUUGGAGGCGGUCGCGGCGGCGUUUUUGAAGAUAACGAUGUGCUGAAUUUGCAUGAAGAAGAGGAUAAAGAAGAAGGAGAAAAAUUCUCCAAAAGACGGAGGAAGCACAAGCGUCGGCGGAAGUCUGAGGGGGCGGAGGGUGAAGUUAGUGUGGAUACGUACGGCGACCAUAAGGAGAAUGAAGAAGGACAUGAUGAUGCGGGGAUCGCAAUGAAGAGGAAGAAGGACACACGAGAGAAGCGAGCAUUCGUUGGCGACCCCCUACUCCAAUCCGUUCUCUCCUCCUAUUCCUACCCCAUGGACGAAACAGCACCUUUAGAGGGACGUCGGAAAUCCAGUAAGUACGAUGCCGAUGAUGCAUCACCCGAGUCUGAAGAUUCUCGAAAAGAAAAGAAAAGCACAGACAUAUCAAAACAACCCUUUGGCAGGGAAAAAAUAGAAUCCGAUGCGGGCAGAGAAGAAUUGGGUGGGUCAAUUGCCAGUUUUCCGACUGGUGUCGUGAAUUUCCAAAGAGGCAAAUCCAUUUUCCUCCAUAGCGAAGAAGAAACGGGUAAGCAGAAAGAAAAAGAGGAAGAGGAAGAGGAUGAGGAAGAGGAGGAAGAGGAUGAAGCCGAAGAAGACCAGGAGGAGGAAGAGGAAGAAGAAGAAGAAAGGGAGACUGUGGAAGAGGCAAAAGAACGCUGUGAAACGGAGCUUAUCAUCUAUUUCAAUGUCACGCGUGUGCGAAGAAUGAAGGCGGCCUGUUGUAUUCAAUGUGCGUGGCGUUGUAGUCGUGCCCGCAGGGCAUUGUGGAGGCGCCAGCAAGUGCUUUACCAAGAGGUAUACCGCAGGCAAAAGUCUGCCGCGAUGUGCAUUGAAGGAAUUUUCAGCUCCGUGCUGGAAAGACGUCAGCUGCGGCAGACUCAGUUGCGGUAUGCCGCGGCCGUGGAGGAGCGCAUUGCAUGGGAAGAAAAUCUGUUUAAGCAAGCUCUUGUCAUCGCCCGCUAUGCAAAGGUCUUUUUGCUUCGAAGACGUCGGGAGAAAGAACUGUGUAGAAUACUUGCUUUGCGUAGUGUGGAGGAACUCAAGCUACGUGCGGUGGCGGCCGCAAUUGUGGGGCGUUGGUGGAGGAUUAUUGUUCCUCGCAAGGCGUAUUGGCGGCGACGCACGCAGGAGGUGGAAGAGCAGCGGCGUCAAGAAGAAAUUUUCCGGCGGCAAAGUUAUGCAGCGACACAAAUUCAGCGCAUCGUUAGGGGAAUACUGGGAAGGCGAGAAGCUCAGGCGACACGGCAACGACGGGUGGAGGAUCAUCGGCUUCGACAACGCCGUCUGCAGGAUUGCACAGAUUUGGUUCGUUUAUGCCUGCAGGAGUAUAUGCGGCGGUGCCAUCGGCUUAAACGUGAGGAAGAGCAGCGAGCACUUCAACGGAACGAGGCCGCUGCGGUCAUACAGCAUGGCUGGAAGGCAGCACUUAAGCGGCAGAUUUUACACAACGUCCUGGCCCGCUGUCGUCGCAUUGUGAGGGCGGUGUUGAUGAUACAACGUGCGUACCGGCGGUUUUGCGCUGGACGCGAGAUUCGUUACAUGCGAAGAGUUCAACUGGCCAUGAAUCAGGAGCGUCUUGAUAAUGAAUAUCGGGUCUUCCGCGCCACAAUGACGCUUCAGACCUUUGGGCGUAUGGUGAUUGCCAAGCGUGAGGCGCGACAUCGACGUGCGGCCAUUGGAAGGGGGUUCUUCUUUGCGGCCGUGACCAUUCAAAAUGUAUGUCGCGGUGGCACCACCCGUGCGCAGCUCAGAUGUGCGCUGCAACUUCAGCGCGAGGCAGCGGCGCAGCUUGAGGCCCAAAUCCAAAUGCGGAAGGAUCGAAUGGUGAGCUUUACAAAUGCGUUUGUACGCGCCCGCGAGAGUUGUUUCCUCACCGAGAGACGCCGCUGUUGCCGGUUGGCAGAAAAAUUGUACAUUCGCCGCUGCGUUCGUCGCGAACUUCUGCGCGAUAAGUCCGCGACCGUCAUUCAGCGCGCAGUGCGCCACUGGCUGGCACGCCGUCGUCAACGCGAAGAAGAGGCACUUGCGUUGCGGACGCAUGUCAUCGCCCAUAUUGUUCGCAUUCAGUCGGCGAUGCGGCGCUUCUUGGCGCAGAAGCAGUACCGCCUUCUUCGCUACUUGUCACAGCGUCAGGCAAGGAAGCGGGAAGAAAUGGAGGAGGUGAUGGUGCAGCUCUGGAUUGACGAGUGGCGGGCGGCGAUCCUGCAGGCAGAGCACGACCGUCGCCGCAUUGAGACACGCGAAGCAGAACACCGUAGGGACCUACAGUUCCGCCACAAAGUGAGGAUGUUGAAUGUGGCCGAAGCAGCCGCUGCGGGAAUUAAAUGCAUCGAAGAAAAAAAGGAAGAGGAAGACGACGAUAAAAGUGAGCGGAGCCUUUCUACCUACAGGGAUGAUCUGUAG